AGAGUUAACCACGUAUACAUAAUACAGCUUUUGCUCCGGUGAUCUCCUUGGUUCGGAGCUUUCUUCCAAUUCCACUACCACAGAGUGAGAGGAGGGCCAAGAAGUGGCCAUGGAAAUGGCAAUGAGCUGUUGCAAUCCUUCGCCAUUUCUCGGAAAAUUCCGAACCCCUUUUCAUUCUGGAAUAUCACAAUUCAGAGAAGUUAUUGGGAAUUCAACUCAGGCAGCUAGAGUUACUGCACUGUUUUGGGGUCCUAAGAAGGUUGCUGAGCCAAAAGAAGUGGAUUUUUCUCUAGGGAAAUAUGCUUUGGCAGGGUCAAGCCCACAGGGAGUUUCAGAGAGUGAGGUGAAACCUAAAGUGAUAUCAAUUUCAGUUCUUUCUUCCAUCUCGGAGGUCUCACCUGGUGGCUGGGAUGCGUGCACGUUGGAUGCAACGGGCCCUGAGAAGUAUAACCCUUUUCUUACACAUGCUUUUCUUUCAAGCUUGGAGGAGUCCGGUUCUGCUGUGAAGGAAACAGGAUGGAUGUCAUGUCAUAUCAUUGCUAAGGACGAAUCUGAUAAUAUUCUAGGUGCUGUUCCACUCUACCUUAAAAGUCACUCCUAUGGUGAAUUUGUUUUUGAUCAUUCUUGGGCUGAUGCUUACCGUAGUUUUGGGUCGAGAUACUAUCCAAAAUUGCAAUGUUGUGUACCUUUUACUCCCGUUACUGGUCCAAGGAUUUUAGUCUGUAAUACCUCGUUCAAAGAUGAAGUGUUUGAAAUUUUGGUCUCUGCUUUGAAGGAUCUGACAGCCAAGUUCCAGAUUUCUUCAUUGCACAUUACUUUCCCAUCUCAAAACGAAUGGUGUAAAUUAAGUGAACAAGGUUUUCUGCAAAGGAUUGGAAUGCAAUAUCACUGGAAGAACCUUAACUAUAAGAGUUUUAAUGAGUUCUUGAUGGACAUGAAGCAAAGUAAAAGGAAAAAUAUUCGACAAGAAAGGAAAAAGAUUUUACAGCAGAAUCUGACCAUGAAAAGGCUCCGUGGCCAUGAAAUAAAGGCUAGGCAUUGGGAUUCCUUCUAUAAUUUUUACAGAAACACGGCAGAUAACAAGUGGGGCACUCCUUAUUUGACUAGGGAUUUCUUUCACAUCAUGGCAUCAAAGAUGGGAGAUCAGGUACUACUUGUCAUAGCUGAAGACGGGGAAGAAUUCGUUGCAGGAGCUCUUAAUCUUAUAGGAGGAGAUACUUUAUAUGGGCGCCUAUGGGGAUGUCACCCACGAACAUAUUAUCCAAGUUUGCAUUUUGAAGCUUGCUAUUACCAGGCAAUAGAAGCUGCUAUAGAACUUAAUCUGAGGACCGUAGAGGCUGGAGCUCAGGGUGAGCACAAGAUUCAGCGGGGUUAUCUGCCCGUCACAACUUAUAGCUCCCAUUACCUAAUGGAUGAGGGUUUCAGGAUGGCCAUAAAAGACUUUCUAGAGCGUGAAUCAGCUCAGGUUAAGCUUGUUAUGAAACUAUUACAUGAAUCUGGUCCCUUCAAGGAAGGUAUACAUCAAGAUAAUCUUUAUAUGUGAGGCUUAACUACAGAAGGGGGGUUAGCUUUAUUAGCAGCAGAUAGUAGACGCAACUUUUCCUUUUCUUCAUAUUGAUAGUGAAAAAGCAAAAUCCCUUUAGGAAGGCUGUAAAUAAUUAAAACAACAUUGAGUAAAGUUCAUAGUGGAAUAUGUAAAAACCCCUUGACAUUGGUAUCAACCAUGGAUGAAAAAUAUGGAAACGUAUAUAUAUACUA